GGACGACUUGCUAUACAUUUAAUCGAAAAAUCGAUUCGUCAAAAGCAAAAAGAAGGGGUUUGCUUACAGUGAACCAUAGGAGGAGAUUUUUCAGAAUCAGAAAAUGGAAAACUCUGAUAGACGAGAACAGCAGGGCAGCUUGGCCUUUUUCACGGUUCUGAUCCUGGUGAUACAGGUGCUUGGGCUGACCGCUGUGAUCCUGGUGGCUGUGUGGAUGGGCUCCUUCAGGGGUGGCUUUGCCUGGCAGUCUGACCCCGCCCAUGAGUUCAACUACCACCCAGUCUUCAUGGUGACCGGCAUGAUAUUUCUUUACUCUGAUGCUAUUCUGACUUACCGAGUGUUUAGGAAUGCAAAGAAGACAUACCUGAAAGCAAUCCAUGGCAUUAUUCAGGGGGUGGUGCUAAUCUUUGCGGGGGUCGGGCUGAAGGCUGCCUUUGAUUCCCACAACCUGAAGAACCCUCCAAUACCCAACCUGUACAGCCUGCACAGCUGGAUCGGACUCAUCACUGUCAUCUUGUUUGCCCUGCAGUGGCUGAGUGGACUAAUCUCCUUUGUUGCCCCAAAGCUGAGUAUGGGGGCCAGGCAAACCUACAUGCCACACCAUGUGUUUUGGGGGCUGGCCAUUCUGUGUCUGGCCGGAGCCAGUGCUCUGACUGGGAUCACAGAAAAGGCUCUCUUCACCGACUUCUUUGCGCACAUCAAAUAUUCCUCGUUUGUGACGGAGACCUACAUCAUCAACUUCCUGGGACUGACCAUCCUGACUCUGGUGGUCCUGGUAGUUUAUGUGGUGACCCGGCCUGAGUACAAACGCCAACCCUCCGCAGAGGAAGAGCACAUACAGCUAGUGCAGUAACCCCCCCCCCCCCUCCCCCCCAACCAGUCCCUGAUACAGAUGUUCAGCUAAAUGUCAGAUGCAUGUUUAUAUUGUGUUGUGUAAAAUUUAUUUGUGCUGUAAAUGCUCAGUAUUUUGUCCCCACCACAUACAUAUAAAUAUAUAAGUUAUUAUUAAUUAUAAUUGCCAAUUAAUGGCUAUCCUUUGUCAUUAUCAUUAGUGAACACUUGAAUUUAACUAAAAUUCUUGCCUGAAAUUAAUGGGCUUAGUUUGUGAUGCAAGUUGUGCUAUGUUAAUGAGUGCAAUUUCAUUCUUACAAUAUUUUGUCUUGUUGCAGAGAUUAUGAGGUUGUGACAAUUUCUAUCACAAACUAGGGUAUUUAAUUACAUGUCAUAUAAUAAUU